UUCCUAUCUCCUCCGAAAACACGUCCCAAGCUGGCCAACUCGGUUGCUAUUACAAAACAUCUGACGGAGAAGCCAAUUGAUCUUCGGACAUCUUGGGAUCAGGAGCCUGCGUUCGAUGGCUCCCAAAAAACGGAGACAUAUACCUGUGAGUUUUACAUCGCGUUUAUAGCCCAGCAAGUUACUUUUUACAGCCAUGCUGUAGACAUAUUUACUCUAUCUCAGGGAGAAGGCGCGGAUGAUACAAGAGUACUGUUGAAAUAG